AUGAAAUUUAUAUUCACCACAAUCGUAGUUCUUGCCACAGUUGUUGUCGCAACUUUCGGCGAAGAGAACCCACGUUUUUUGUCAGAUGAAUUUAUAAACUUUAUUAACAGCAAGAACACAACUUGGAAGGCUGCAAGAAACAUUAAUAUCAACACUUCUGGUUCUCUAAUUAAACGACUGUUUACCGUUCCUCAUACAAAAAAAGAAACCAAGCACACCUUGCCAACCAAAAUUCACUCUGUGGAUCUUAAAGCAAUUCCAGAAUCUUUUGAUGCCAGAGAAGCUUGGCCAGAAUGUGCGUCAGUGAUUGGAGAUAUUAAAGACGAAGGAGGAUGUGUUGCCGGUUGGGCAUUCGCCACCGUUGAAACGAUAAGCGACAGAAUUUGUAUUCUCUCAAAUGCAACUAUACAGAUAAGUAUUUCAGCUGAAGACCUAAUCAGUUGUUGUAGUGACUGUAAUUACGGCUGCAGUGGAGGAGAUACAAUUGAAGGCUGGUAUUAUUGGUCCACAAGUGGUAUUGUCACUGGUGGAAAAUAUGGCACAAAUGACGGCUGUAGGGCUUACUCCAUUGAACCAUGUGAUCAUUACACUGAUGCUUCUCAAGAUUCGUGUGAAGAGAUCAUAUACGCCCCCGACUGCGUGAAAGUUUGUGAUGAGGGAUCUUCUCUGGAGUACAAAUCUGAUCUAAGAACUGGUGCACCUUAUUACGUAAUCCAGACUGAAGCUCAAAUUCAAACUGAAAUUAUGACUUAUGGACCUAUUGCAACUUCGUUUGAGGUUUAUGAAGAGUUCUUGGCUUAUAAAAGUGGUGUGUAUCAACGAAUUACGGACGAUCAUGUUACUAGGGGAGCUGUUAAACUUAUUGGUUGGGGAGUGGAAGAUGGUGUUCCUUACUGGUUAGCUGCAAAUUCUUGGAACAAGAACUGGGGCGAGAACGGCUAUUUUAAGAUUUUACGUGGAUCAAAUGAAUGUGAAAUUGAGUCUGAACCAAUUGUUGAUCGUGACGCUUACGUCAACCGUUAUCACACGAUUUCCUUCAUUCCAAAAAAGAAGCCGGCUAAGCAACUGUUUCAAGGAAGUGAUAUCUUGAAUUCUGAAUGGAAAAUUUCUGUUACAGAUGUAGCCGUCGAUAGCAUUGUUUAG